AUGAUAUUGGAUCAUGCUUAUCCAAAUUUGAUUAGAGAUGAAGAAAAUGAUUUGUUGGGGUUAUCGCACAUGGAUAAUGAUUCUAUUAGGGCGUUAGCCAAAUAUCAUCCAAAACAUCCGAAGCCGACUAAAUCUGCUGAACUAUUUGGAGCUAUCAAAGAUGGUAACUAUCAGGAUCCUGAUCCUGAGAAUCAUGAGCAUUGGAGAAACGCGGAAGAAAGAAAAGAGAAAGGUUAUGAAGAAGAGCUAAAGAUACUUAAAGGUUUCAUAUCUAAGAGAAGUGAAUGGUUCGUAAAAGAAGAAAAGAAGAAGUCAAGGAAAACUACUCCUAAUGUGAAAUCAGGCGAAGAAUCUUCUUCACAUCCGAAAAAGAAACAAAAGAAAGCAUCUUCAAUGUCUUUGAUUGAUGAGCCUGAUGAAGAUGUUCCUGCUACAAAUGUUGAAAAGGAACAAGAUGUGACUGCUGCUGAAAACAUAAUUAUUAAUGAAGACUUGUUUACAACUGAUACAGACUUUGUUGAAAAUGUUGUGCAGACUGUCACUUCAGAUAUUCAGAAAGAGAAAGUGAUUGAUGAUAUUGAAGGUGAUGAUGUUGACAAAGACACGACUAGUUCUUCCAGUUCCUCAGAUGAUGAAGUUGUGGAUGAGAUUGAACGUGAAAGAAGGAUGAGAGAAGAGGCAGAGAAAGAAAAGUUGAUCAAGAAGAGAAAGAGGCAAGAACAGGAGGAUGCUCCUUAUGUUCCGUCACAAGAGCAUGUCACAGAAUCUCAAUCAACUCCAAAAGUUAGAAGAAAAACUGGUGGUCGUAAGAAAACAACUCCAAAGAUCCGAAUUUCUAAGAAACCUCAGAAGGUUGUGCAGAAAAAGCAACCUGAAGUAGAACAUCAAAAGCCUCCAACACCUCCACGUGAAUCUACACCUCCACAAUCACCCAUUCACCAAUCUCCACCUAGACAGCCUACACCACCACAACAAUCAUCUUCACCAAGACUUCCUACACCCCCAAAUCAACCAUUACCUACUCCACAACCAACACCACCACCACAACAACCUUUCAUGUCUUCACAAGAUAUUUUCGGUACUCCUCUACUCUCACAGUUACAACAUGGUUCUUCAAGUAGAGGUUUGCAGACACCACAAGAUAAUUUGUUAGACGUUGGUGAGUUUGACUUUGCAAAUAAUUCGCAAGUGUUAAAAUUGGAGAAGAAAAUAGAGAAUGUGAUUGCAGAAAACAAGAGGUUGGCAGCUGAGAACAAGAAGGCAGCUGAUAGAGAAAAACUGCUUGUAAAUCGUGUUCAGGAGUUAGAAAAGAAAGUUGAAGCUGAUCAAUCUGAGAUUGAUAUUCUGAAGGUUCGUGUGUCUGAACUUGAAGAAGAAAAGAACAGACGUGAUGCACAGAAUGAAUACUUUGAGUUGAAACAUAAAGAGCUGAAUGAAGCGAAAAGAGCAAAAGAUCAUGAGUUGUAUAUGUUACACAAAGUGGUUGAAAGUAUGUUGGGAUCAUCUGUAGAAGAUAAGUUUGAAGAGCUACAGGUUGCUGAAGUUCGUGCUGAACGUCAAGCAGAGGUUGAACGACAGAUGAAGGAUAAGGGUAAAGGAGUUGAAGGAAGCUCGGCUGUGCCCGUAUUGGCUCUAGUACCUUCAAUGUUUACAGAGAAUCCUGAGCCUAUCUCUGCAGUUUCUGGAUUGUUUGAAGAUGAAACUCAUAUGCAUGAAUUGAUUGGUGAUAGUAGUGAUGAAGAUGGUGAUGAAAAUGAAGAGAAUGAUGAAGAUGAAGAAGAUGACUUUGUAUUCUCCGCAAGCAGUCAUAGUUCAAAAGGUAACGAUGAUGAUGAUGCUGCAGGAGAUUCUGGUUUUAGAGUUACAGAAGUUGCAAAUGAAAAAGCCGUUGAUGAUCUGAUGAACGACACAGUAAAUGAAGAAAGUAGUGAAGCUUCGGGAAAGGGGGAGUCGGAUAAGACGCAGAUAGUAGAACACUCUGAACCUUUGUUCUUACGUUUAGAUGUGUAUAGGGAGAUGUUGAAAGAUGUAAAUCUCGAGAUUCCAUUUGAUCUUGAAGAAGAUUUGGAAUCAUUUGAUAUAAAUAAACAGAAAGAUUACAAGUAUGAUUAUGUUGAAGAUGCUGAUCAAGAUGAUAGAAUUGAAGUAGAGGAUUGUUCUGAUAGUGAAGAUGUUCCUGAAGAUACAUCAAAACUUCCAACUUUAAUGGAGUUCUUCGCAGCAGAAAACAGAGAAGCGUUGCGACAAAAGGUGACUGAAGCUGUGAAUGAAAAUGUGUUUGAAAACUUGAAGAAAGAUGCUGAAACAGAAAGUCAAUCAAAUGUUGAAAAAGAAGAUCGUUCUAAGUGGUUUAAAGACAGCAAUGAGAGAAAGUUCAAAAGGCCUUUGAAGUUUUUCCAACGUGAUAGAACUAUUUCUCUUGGUGAUAUUAUAAGUUAG